AUGACACACGUGUGUCGAGGCUUCUGAAUCCUUUUAUUAGUUUUACGGUAGACAGUCCCAGCUUUUGAAAACUAUUGUAAUCAAAAAUAGACCAGAAUUUUCAUGAACUUUCAUAUUUUUUUUGCAUAUGUAUAGCUUUUUAUGUUGACAGUAAAGCCUUCACAACAUAGUAAAGACUAAAAAACUUAGCUUUAAGGCUACUAAAACCCAAAAUUUUAAAUUUUUAAGCUAGUUCAAACACUAUUACCAAGUUAGUUUAAACUUUAUAGGCUUCAAAGAACGUUGCUUUCCAUUUUCUAAUCAAAAACUCACUGACAGACCAAACUGAAAAGCCCUGUAAAGUGGAAUAGUAAUCUUUAAAGAGUUUUUACAGUCGAAAAUCGAUUUCCCUACAGAAGAGCGCAAUAAAAAGUAGGGUCUUCUUUAAUGCGGAGAGUAAAAUUACGUGACGGACUGUUUGCUUUUCGCCUCCGGACAAAUCGAUCAUGCAAAAGGGUUCAGCCAUGUGAUAAGGGCCUUAGGACAACCUGCUACGAGGAGGUCGUUUGUGUAAAGUAUGGUACCAAUUCCAAGUUUAAAUCUUGUUAGGUCUGUAAUGUAGUAGAUUGUUUGGUUUUGUCAUUUUUAAAGUUUGCAUUAGCUUUAGUUUGUUUACUUUUAAAAAAUUGGGUCUGCAGCUUCAAAAUAUGAUAUUAUAGAUCAACAACACCUUUCUUUCAUUUUCUAAUACAAAAGCACACCAUUAUGAUAAUCUUAAUCAUAUUUUACUUACUAUGAUAUUUAUCUUGCUUUUUCUUACUGAUCCGUUCCAAACCCCUUCCCCCACAGCUUUACGGAACGUACAAUAACCUCUAAUAAUCUCUCAAGUGUCCAACACAAAUAUUGUAACGUUCCAUUGGCCAUUCCGUAAACACUUUCUGUACAAAUGUUUGUUUAUUACCCAAACCGGUUCUUUUCAAAUGUGCCGACGCUAAACGAACGAAUGUUUCUGACGAUGAUAUUCAUCUUCCCAUUUUCAGAUCUCGCGCUCUCAGUUCGCCCUUAAUCCCAAAGAAGAAUCGAGCAAUUGGAAGUCGCCACUGUCGCUGGUUGCCUCGAAAUGUAAGUUGUUGUAUGGAUGUUCGGGUUUAGGUGUUGUGAAGAUAAAGGUACUAUAAUAUAACUGACGGCGGUAACAUUAGCAUACGACUACUGUUAGUUGAGAUAAACGAGCUUCCAUGUAUUAUAGUACCCAUUGGUCAAAGUUAAUCUUAGUUUUGUUGUCAAUACACUUAAAAUGUCUCUUUAGUCUCACUUAGAUCACCUUCAGAAGCCAUAGCAAACCUAAUAUAAUAUAAAAACUUCGACAGAGUUCGAAGCCAAAGAGCUAUAACAUAAAAGGUUCAAUGAGAUUUAUGGGUAACGAGGUAACUCAGUCUAGCGACUUCAAUAGCUGGCGAAAAGGCGACGCGAUAUCACGAGGCAGUAGCGACUAAAUAACACAGUAGAUAUCUAGAUAUCAGAAACCAUAGAAUAUCAUAGUAGAUCUCAAAAACCUAGAAUAACAUAAUAGAUAUCACGAUACGAUAUAAUAGGGGAUAGAUACCGUGAGGUAGUAAAAGACAUCAAAGGUGUGUCACCAGGUUAAGCGAUAGCCACACCCUGAGGGCAAAUACGAUGACGCAGCUUUUUUAACCUCAACAGAUUGUGUUAUCGUACUUUUUGCUUUAUCGGUCGCUGUGUCACAGUAGAACGGCCUUGGAUUCAGUUUAGGUUCGCAUGCUUUAGGUUAGAUAUAUAUUUUAGGUAUUAAAUUUUGAUGUUAUACAUGGUAUUUUUGGGACCUUGUUUUAGGUUCUUAACCCUUAGGGCCUUACUUUAAACAGUUGUUUGAUUCGAAACGUUACGCUACAUCAAGUAGUAGUCGAUAGAUGUAAAAACAUUACUAGGCUAUAUUGUAGUAGCCUCUUAAAAAUUCCAAAAAGACCAUUAAUCGUACCAAAACAGAUCCACCUUACCCAAAAUCGCCUUCAGAAGACGUCUAGUCAAAGUUAACGACCCUAGCAUCAGGGAUUUAUCCGAUUCUUUAUUUACGAGCGCUGAUUACAGCAAUAUGUUUGCGAGUAACUACAAAAACAAGACAACUGCAGCGACCUUCCAUCUUCGUUGACCUAUUAUUAACCAUAUCGCGCAUCACACGAAAGGCGACGUCCAUCGUAAAAGCGGAAGGGGAGAAGCGUAAAUCACGUUCUACGCAUUAGGAACGUCGAACGAUCAAUUAGAUAUUCGUUUGACCUCGGGCUUACCGUACUCUGCCUUGUCCUUUGAAAUUAAUUUUCUCAGCUGGAGACUGAGGUAGUGUUUCUAACAUGAGAUCGAGGCUAGAUGUUUCUACUAAAUGAAAUUGUUUUCGUGAAAAACAGAGAAAAGUUGUGCCUACUAAGCUAAAUUAAAGUUAACCAUAAGACUAACAGAAGGUUCUGCUGAUAUGAAGCUAACUGACAGUGUUUCAGAUGCCUUUGGUUCACGUGUCAUGAGCUCAAACGAUUCGCUAAACAUGGAUCAAGGUCAGCAACACAGCCAUGAUACGGUAAGACUUUGUUUUUUAUCAAUAAUAACAUCACAUCACAACAUUUCGAUAGCAAAAGUUAUUGACUAGUCAACGAUAGAUACUCGUAUUAUUAAAUACAGAAAAAACUAACUUAUUCCAACUACAACUUUCAGCAAGACCAAAGAGUCUACGGAGCCGUCCUAGCCUCCCCCGCAGUCAGCCGACGCGAUUUCGGCCCUCCCCAGCCCACGUAUGCCAUGCCCACCCAAGCUCACCCCCAGCCGGGUAAAAUGCUGGUAGACCCUCAAACCGGCCAACAAUACUUUGUACCAGCUGCCCCACAACCUCACGUUGCAUAUUACCCAGUAUUCUACAAUGCGCCGCCACAAAGCUCUCAACCGGUAUAUUACCCACACCAUACGCCAGCCGGCUACAUGGUCAGUGCACCGCCAAUGCCUUCGCCUACCGUCCAGAAUCAACCCUAUUACUUUCCUCCUACUUAUAAUCAGCAGGGAUCCAUGGGUAACUUCUCCCAGAGCUUCGGCCAUCCUCCCACCUCAAGUCAGGGCUACAGGGUUGAGAUUCCGCCGAGCUCAUCAGUUAGCAUUUGUGGAGAGCGAGUAGGUUCUUGGUAUUACUUUAAAAGUUCUAAAUAUAAGAGUACAAUUGCUUUUACAUGACUAUAUGAAGCAUCUCUCAAUAAUUAUUGUAAAUUAAUAUUUCAGGAAAGCCCCACCCAAUACUUCCAAAGGCAUCACGAGUCUCGGCUGUCUACAGAAUCCACAAACAGUAGCAACAGUCGACACUACGUGCAGAACUAUGUUGAUGGUGCCAAGACUGAUGACUCUAUGUCUCCGGUACCUCAAAAAAUACAGAGUCAGAACACAACCCCACCCACAUCUUCAAUAAACAGUACGAUGGAUCACUCAGCACGUUACAGUACCACAUCCUCAUCAACUACAUCUGGAUUCGUUUCACAUGCUGGAGAAGGUCCAAGUGAACAUAUUCGACCUACACACCUGAAGUCAACUUUCCAGAAGCCUCAGCUUUAUGGAUCUCCAGCAUGGUGGGGCGAGGAAUCCAGUCCAGACGAAAAACGAGAGCAAGAACAAACUCCAACUAGAUCGUGAGUUUCUUAACUUCUUUCAUCAUGUUUAGAAAGGGGUUCUACAAGUCCUUAUUCGUUUACACAAGCCUUUCCUUCUCAAAUGCAAUCAAACCUUAGUCUUUAUUACCUAAAUUUAUCAAAAAAACCAAAUCACUUACCUAAACACCAACUAAAAUCAAAUUUCAGAUCGAAUUCAAGACAAAACUCGCGUUCCGACGAGAAACUGCACAGCCCAACCACUUCGACACCAUCCGAAGCCAAACCGCCACAGAAUGCCGAAUCCCCAGUCCCUCAAGGCACGGACCCGAAGCCGGUGAUGAAGGCGAUCAGGAUGGACAUUGAUCUUAGCCGUCCGUUUUCUCCCGAACAGAAGGAGAAGAUCAAUGUGAAAGGUGAGUUCGAGAAUAACCUCAAAUUUUAUCACAAAAGUAUUAUUUUUCUCUAAUUGGGCGCAAAGUGUUCUGCAGCUGCAGAACUUCUUUUCGGAACAAUAUUUUAUACGCUCAACACUUUCCGAACAAAAUUUUGUUGUGAAGUUAUCUUCAAUAACUUUACCUUCUAGCUGCUCAAGCAGUUCAAUCUACCGCGUUUACUGUCAACUUCGAUGAUAUCACAGACAAGCCAAAGCGCAAUAAACCUCCAGUUUUAUCGUCCCAAGAACAACAACGUCGUCAGUUCAGACGUUCCGUUCCUCCAUCCAAGGCUGGACCAGCUCUACCGGCUGCUGCUGGCAAUGACACCAAACAUUACCUGUUCUCCAAGAUGAUUCAGGGCUUUCCUAAAGGACAAGGUAACAUUUUGAAUUGCUUUUUUGGAGUUUCAAUAAUAUUUUAUAUUUUCAUGCGUUUGUAGAGACGAACCAUGUUAUGACUGAAAUUUAGAAAAAUAUCUUUUUGCUUUUGUAAUUUCAAGAAUCCGGUUUUUUGUUUGAAAUUUCAAGAAAUUUGAUUCUGACUUUUGAUAAAAUGAAUUUUAGAUAACAAUGAGUCAGCGAUGAUGGCAUUGAGCAUAAAAAGCGAAGCCGACACGCUAAGCGAAGCAGGAACUUAUGUUAUUGGUAAGUGUUACCUAAUUUGUGAAUUUUUAAAUUUAGAUAACAAAAUGAAGAAAAUAAACUGUCCAAAACACAUUAUAUUAUAAUAUUAGAGCAAAAAUCUUCCUUGAAUUUUAUACUCAAGUAUUUGAACUUAACAUUUGUACAAAAAAAUUGUUUUAGAAAACAAAGAGCCAAAACAAAGCAAUCACCAUCGUCGUCAACGCAAGUACUCGUCCUCAUCCUCAAGUUCCAGCGACUCUACAGAGACUGACGGUGAUGGACCAACUUGCUCUCAGCCUACUUCAGCUCGUCUCUACACUCCUCGCCCAGAAACCGCGAAUUCAUCGAUGGUGUCAUCUACGGUGUCAUCGGUGAGGUCAUCUGACCAUCAGAAGCCUUCACCUCCAUUCCCGAUGAAGCGGCAUCUGAUGAAAGACCUACGAGACUUGAGGAAUCAGAAUCAGCAGGCUACACCUCCAUCGCCACGAUCUUCAUUGCCGGCUCCGAAAGUCCGCUCCAUGGUGGAUCAAUCUAAGAAUUCGAGGCUAAAUCCGCCUUCGAAGCCGUGUCAGACACAGCAAACAACGUCACGAGCUGGAAUCUCGAGCAAUGCUGGAUUCAGGUACUUUUUUAAAAUGACGUUUUAGUAUUGAUUACAGUUUUUAUGGUUAAUAUUAGUAACAAUAGGGUGAAAGGCUUAAAUUCACAAAGUUUUAGCUUCUUAAAUAAGCUGUAAACUAAGUUUUUGCAUUUCAAAAUGAUUUCGCUUAUAUUAUACUAGACUUUGAAAGGUUACUAAUGAGUUUGGAAGAGUUAAGCCUUAACGAUAGCUUCUUGAUGAGUAACUUAACAUUACUUUACUAUAAUCACUUACUUUUCUUUUCACAGAUCUGCAAGAUGUCACAGCGAAACGUGAGCAAAUCUUCUUUACUGGGUUUGAACAUUGUGAUUGUAGUUGUUGUAACUCUUAGUUGUGUUAACAUUCUUUUGGUUUUAUAACACCUACACUCACAAAAGCACGUUUGUAUAUUACAUUAGAUACGACUAUAUUUACGUAGUUGUAUCUACUGUUAUGUACAUAAUUAUGCGUUUUACUUUUGGCUAAAGCUGUUAUGAAGUUAUUGGUUAUAAUAUAGUAAAUUCUAACUUAUGGUUAGUUAUAGUAGUACGAUCGUGGUGCUACGAUAACUGUACUACAUACUUUUGUUAUGAGUUGUCGUAGUGUAGAUGUUGUUUUAAGUGGCGUAACUUUUGGUUUGUAAAUGUUUUGAGUUCAAUAUACAGCACUUUUCGUUACCUAAAUUAAUAUUAUUAUAGACGAACCGAUGGUGGUCGAUUCUCGAUGAGGUCGGGAGUUAAUCAGCCGACUGUUGGUGGUCUUAGGCCAGCUACAUCACAAACUAUGAGUCAGAAGCCUCCAUUUAAGGCUGGCGUAGCUCCAGCAAAAAAGGUAUGUUUUGGUUUUGAUGUUGUAGGCAUGGAAAAUAUAAUUUGAGGUUAUUUUUGUAAAGUUUCAAUGAGCUUUGUAUCUAUUAUAAUCUGUUUGUGACUGUAAAAAUGUAAAAACUUUGUUUCCAGACCUCCAAUUCGAAGGAUUCGCCCGAAAUGGUGGCCUGGCUCCGACGAAAGGAAUACGAUCCUCGAAAAUCAGCCGCCGAAGCCAAGAAACAACAAUUGAAACAGCGGUAAGUUAUGAUCGGAGCCUUUAAAACUAACCUCAUUAACAGUUUGUUAGAGUUAUCGACCGGGCACACGUCAAGAAGGGAUCAGUUAAGACGGGAAGAGUAAGAUAGCCGUCGUUUAGUGAAUGUUGUUGGUGUUUAGAGUUGUUUUAAUGGUUAUUUAGUGUUGUCUGGCUUUUGAUAUUAGUUUUUUGCUAUUUUUGGUUUAAAAAAUGAAAAGGAGCUGGUUUUAAGACAUCAUAAAGGUUUACACUAAAAUAGAGCUUGAAAACGUUUAACCAGCAUAUUAUAGUAGGCUGUGUUAUAGAUUUUGAAAGUUUAUAUUAAUUUAUAUUGAUUUAGUUUGUCUGUGAUGUGUUGUGGUGGUAUUAUUAUCCAUAUCUGGACGUGUACAGUAGUUUACAUUAUGUUUUAGUAGCGACAAUUUCUUUGCGAACCGUUCGUUGUCUUGUAACCAGCCGACUGCCGGAAGUUUCCGUCGUUUAGUACGGCCUUACGGGGAUGAACGUUCCAACAAGUCGCACGAUGACCUGAGCCAUGUUGGAGAAGAACCUGAUGACUUCAGCUUGUCUGGAUCUAAUGUAAGUUAUUGUUGAAGCUGAAAUUUCUAUUUUUCGGGUUUUUGCUUAUAGUAUGAGCUUAAAAAUUUUUGAAAUGCUAAUGAUUUACAUCAAGUAAUAAUCUUAAUUUUAGUCCAACUUGGUCAGAACAGUUGACGAGCUUACCGUGAAAUGUCAAAGAAGUAUGCAGUUGUUGAAGCUAUGUAACCCUAAGGCUCUUACCUCGUCAGUAGAACAUUUACUGGACGAAAUGGUCGAGGAACCGGGCUCUGUGGACGGAAUCAGCGCCGUCGACCGGUUGAAUCGCUUAAGCGAAGCCUUCGGAGCUAUUCAGAAGUGUUUGGAGCUUCAGCAAAGCGAAAAGAGUGGCAACUCCAGUCCGGCAAGAAGUACGGUCUUCAGUCAAGCGCUACGGUAAGUUACUGUACGGGGUUUUAUAUUGUAGUAGGCGUUUUAAAGGAAAAACUAAGUUUAAGCUUGCAAAAUGAGGUUAUGGAUAAACAAGUUUACUAUGGUUACACAUGUUAUAAUAUAGUGCAUUACUGUGGUAUCAGUCAUGUAUUUAUGUCUUAUCUUACAGCCGGCUAACCUCUCCCACCCAAACGGACAUGGGCCAGUCCAGCUCCAACUCGGAAGCCCAGUCCCCAGAAUUGUCUAGGCCAAUUGCAUUUACACCAAACUAA